AAUUUAAACUUUAAAAUAUAUAAAAAUUGUUUUUAUAUAAUUUGUACUAACAACAAUAAAAAUAAAUAAAUAAAAGUAACGGAUACAAACAUGGCCUUAAUUUCACUACCUUACCUUCCUUCAGUCUUUCUCUUUCUUUGUCUCCUCGACUCAGUUACUCUCUCUCUCUCUCUCUCUCUCUCUCUCUCUCUCUCUCUCUCUAUAUAUAUAUAUAUAAUACACACACAUGUAUCAGUCACUCAAUUGCGAAGUAGAUUUCUGGGAAAUGUAGCAUGCAGUAGUGAAAAAUGGCUAGGUGUCACCGAAACGAUGUGGGUUCUUUGAUUCUCGACCGACCCGCCGCCGCACCAGUUUCCUCCGGCGGACAACACUUCCGGUUAUGGUCUACAUUUUCAGCAGCCUCAUUCCGAAGAAAAAUAUUUGACGCUGUCAGUUGCGGUGGUAGCUCUCGCUAUCGUCACCACAACGAUGAGCAUGAAGCUUCUCCGAUUAAGGAGAGUGAACGAUCAGUGGUCGUUGAGAGCUCGAAAUCGGAGAAGGUAGUGGUGGUGGAGAAAGCUAAGGUGAAGAGUAAAGGUAGUAAUGGGAAAUCAGAGAAGUUAUUGGAUCUUCUCAACUUGGCUGAGUGGUCGGAGAGUGAAGCUGACGCUGCUACGACGAAGAAGAAAGUUGAUGCGUUGGAGAAACUGAAGCGCGUGGUUAGGGAUUUGCAGGUUGAGAGGAAAUUAGAAGCGGCGCGUGAAGUUAGGUUGCUUGCGAAGGAAGAUUUGGAAGCGAGAGGGACUCUUGCUAUGCUUGGAGCGAUCCCUCCACUUGUUGGAAUGCUCGAUUUCGAAGACGAUGAUACUCAGAUCGCUUCUCUCUAUGCUUUGCUCAAUCUUGGAAUCGGAAACGACGUGAACAAAGGGGCUAUUGUCAAAGCAGGGGCAGUUCACAAAAUGUUGAAGCUUAUAGAAUCACCGAAUUCUCUAAACCCAUCAGUUUCAGAAGCUAUAGUAGCAAAUUUUCUAGGUUUAAGUGCAUUAGAUUCUAACAAACCCAUCAUUGGAUCUUCUGGUGCUAUUCCUUUCUUAAUUAAAACUCUCAAAGAUUUAGAGAAUAGCACUAGCUCACAAGCAAAGCAAGAUGCUUUGAGAGCCCUUUACAAUCUUUCAAUCUUCCCAUCAAAUGUUUCAUUUAUUCUGGAAACUGAUUUGAUCCCAUUUAUGUUUAGUUCAUUGGGAGAUAUGGAAGUGAGUGAGAGAAUUCUUUCAAUUCUGGGCAAUGUAGUUUCAACCCCUGAAGGCCGGAAAGCAAUCGGUGUUGUUCGUGAUGCUUUCCCUAUUUUGGUUGAUGUGUUGAAUUGGAAUGAUUCCCCUGCAUGUCAAGAGAAGGCAUCCUACAUUUUGAUGGUUUUGGCUCAUAAAACUUAUGGGGAUAGGCAAGCCAUGAUUGAAGCUGGAAUCGUUUCGGCUUUGCUUGAAUUAACACUCUUGGGUAGUACAUUGGCUCAAAAGAGGGCUUCUAGGAUUUUGGCUUGUCUAAGAGUGGACAAAGGAAAGCAAGUUUCAGAAAGUUUUUGUGGGAAUUUGGGUGGCUCUACAGUUUCUGCACCAAUCUGUGGCUCUUCAUCCUCUUCGGCGAAUCCAAACAUGGGUUCUGCAGAGUGUAUGGAAUUGGAGGAUAUGAUGAGUGAAGAGAAGAAAGCAGUGAAGCAAUUAGUUCAACAGAGCUUGCAAAACAACAUGAGGAAGAUAGUGAAGAGGGCCAAUUUACCACAAGAUCUAGUUCCUACUCACUUCAAGUCACUCACAUCGAGUUCAACUUCUAAGAGCUUGCCAUUCUGAGUAACUCAACCUGAAGAUUGAUAAGAAGAGUAUCUGAAGUUAGUUUUCUCUUUUCAUGUACUUAGUAUUAUUAAUCAAGCUUCUAAUAGUCUUUUUCUACCUUUACUUUUUUGUUAGUGUAUGAAAUAGUUAUAUCCUUGUUUAUCAAAAGUUAAUAUAAAAUUAUAGUUGUUAUA